AUGGCCUCCAAAGGACAUGGCGACACCGACUCAGGACGGUUACCCCCGGCCCCAGCUUACUCCAAAGAGGUGCCGCCUGGUCACAAUGCUGUGUACCCAGCACCCACCGUGGUGCCACCACCCCCAAGCAACCUGACACCUUCAGCCCCACCGGUUCAUGCGAUGAUGCCUGCCUCUCUCGGACCACACAAUGUUGUCUACCCAGCUCCCAUAAACCCUGGAUUCCCACCCCCUGGAUACAUGACCCCUUCCGCUCCUCCGAUGAUGCCUGCCCCUUUCGGACACCCUAAUGCUGUCUACCCUGCGCCCAUGAACCCCGGAAUCCCGCCAGUACCCCCAGGCUACGUGCCCCCUCCGGUCCCUGCGAGGAUGCCUGCCCCGCCGCCUGAUCUCCGACCCACCGGCUGCCCCCCAGGACUGGAAUACCUGGUUCAUGUCGACCAGCUUCUCGUCCAUCAGACUUUUCAUCUGGCCGAACUGCUGGGUUGGGAGGUUAGAAAUUCCUACAUUGUGAAGAACAGUAUCGGGCAACAAGUGUUUCUGGCGGAAGAGGAGAACAACUGCUGCACCCUACAGUGCUUUGGCCCCAGCCGACCUUUCACCUUUCACAUCCAGGACAACCUGGGGCAGGAGGUGUUGACCCUGAUGCGCCCUCUUGCGUGCAGCUACUGCUGCUUCCCCUGCUGCCUGCAAGACCUGGAGGUGCAGAGUCCCCCCGGUAUUCCAAUAGGGUAUGUGGUGCAGGAGUGUCACCCGUUCCUGCCCAAACUCACUGUGCUGAACGAGAAGAGACAGCCUCAGCUGAGGAUCAAAGGGCCGCUGUUUUUCUGUAGUUGUUGCAGAGACGUCACAUUUGAGGUGAAGACUCUGGAUGACUCAAUGUUGAUAGGACACAUCAGUAAGCAGUGGUCCGGCUUCCUGCGCGAAGCCUACACGGACGCAGAUCAUUUUGGAAUCGUGUUCCCAAUGGACCUGGAUGUGAAGAUGAAGGCUGUGCUGCUGGGAGCCUGCUUCCUGAUUGAUUUCCUGUAUUUUGAGGAAAGGAAAGGAGACAAGAAACAUUGA